UUUCGGGUCCAAACCUGCCCCACAGAAAAGUAUUUUAAAAAGCGAUUAUUUACGUACCGCUUUUUGACUUAUUUAAAAAGCGAUUAAUUACCCAACGCAACCACCAUAAUUGCUUUGUGUUCUGUCACCAACCACCAUAAUUGCUUUGUGUUCUGUCACCAACCACCACAACUCAUCGACGCGAAAAAAUGGCAGUGACCCCCAAAAUUGCGCCUUCAAUGCUAUCAUCGGACUUCGCUAAUUUGGCUUCCGAAGCUCAUCGUAUGAUCAAUUACGGCGCUGAUUGGCUUCAUAUGGACAUCAUGGAUGGGCACUUUGUCCCCAAUUUAACUAUGGGCGCUCCAAUCAUUGAAAGUUUGAGAAAGCACACAAAGGCAUAUUUGGAUUGUCAUCUGAUGGUUACAAACCCUCUUGAUUAUGUUGAAUCUUUGGGAAAAGCUGGGGCUUCUGGGUUUACAUUUCAUGUAGAGGCAUCAAAAGACAACUGGAAAGAACUUAUCCAAAAUAUUAAGUCACAAGGCAUGAAGCCUGGUGUAGCCAUAAAUCCUGGGACAUCGGUUGAAGAGGUUUAUCCUCUGGUUGAAUCCGAAAAUCCUGUGGAAAUGGUUCUUGUCAUGACUGUAGAACCUGGAUUUGGAGGACAAAAAUUCAUGCCAGAUAUGAUGGAAAAGGUUCGAAUACUGAGGAAGAAGUAUCCAUCACUUGACAUAGAGGUUGAUGGUGGUUUAGGACCUUCAACCAUAGACGCAGCUGCAUCAGCAGGAGCGAAUUGCAUUGUUGCUGGAAGUUCAGUGUUCGGAGCCCCUGAGCCAGCUCAAGUUAUAUCCUUACUGAGGAAUUCUGUAGAGAAAGCACAGUAACAGAGUAAAGAUCUGUCAUUUUAUAUUGCGGCACACGUCGCAAGUUCACAUAAUCAAUAUGCUUGGUGUGCUAACAUUUUCAAGUCAAAUAAGAGAUCAAGUUUACAUUUCUCUAUUUAUUGUGAAAUUAACAAAUACUGUAAAGGGUAAAAGGAAUGACACAUAACGCCGUCAUCUAAAUCCUUUGUUGAAUAUUUUGAAGUUUACAUUGAAAUUUUGAUCUACUAUUAGUACUGUUACAUUAUUUGGAAACAAGACACUGGCACACUUGUUGCUUUUUAUUUUAUUUUCAUGGACCGUGUGGUAUCGAAUAUUAAUGUGAGUCACAAUUCCAAAGGGUUUGUCUCUA